AUGAAGAAGGUGAAGCUAUCUUUGAUAGCUAAUGAAAGAUCAAGGAAAACAUCCUUCAUAAAGAGGAAAGACGGGAUUUUUAAGAAACUCCACGAGUUGUCAACUCUGUGUGGUGUCCAAGCUUGUGCUCUCAUCUACAGUCCAUUCAUACCGGUUCCAGAGUCAUGGCCGUCAAGGGAAGGUGCUAAAAAGGUGGCUUCAAGGUUUCUGGAGAUGCCGCCGACAGCCCGAACCAAGAAGAUGAUGGAUCAAGAGACUUACCUUAUGGAGAGGAUUACCAAAGCAAAAGAGCAACUAAAGAACCUGGCUGCUGAGAACCGAGAGUUACAGGUUAGACGAUUUAUGUUUGAUUGUGUUGAAGGCAAAAUGUCCCAGUAUCAUUAUGAUGCAAAAGACCUUCAAGAUUUGCAAUCUUGUAUAAAUCUAUAUCUCGAUCAGCUUAACGGAAGGAUCGAGUCCAUUAAAGAAAAUGGUGAGUCGUUGUUGUCUUCCGUCUCUCCUUUUCCUACUAGAAUUGGUGUUGACGAAAUUGGUGAUGAGUCAUUUUCCGACUCUCCUAUUCAUGCUACAACUGGGGUUGUAGAUACUCUUAAUGCUACCAAUCCUCAUGUUCUUACGGGCGAUAUGACUCCUUUUCUUGAUGCGGACGCAACUGCGGUAACUGCUUCCAGUAGAUUUUUUGAUCAUAUUCCAUAUGAAAAUAUGAAUAUGAGUCAAAAUCUGCAUGAACCGUUUCAACACCUUGUUCCUACUAACGUUUGUGAUUUUUUUCAAAAUCAGAAUAUGAAUCAGGUUCAAUACCAGGCUCCUAAUAAUCUGUUUAAUCAGAUUCAACGAGAAUUCUACAACAUAAAUUUGAAUCUGAAUUUGAAUCUGAAUUCGAAUCAGUAUCUGAAUCAACAACAAUCAUUCAUGAAUCCGAUGGUGGAACAACAUAUGAAUCAUGUUGGAGGGCGUGAAAGCAUUCCUUUCGUGGACGGAAACUGCUACAACUACCAUCAACUACCAUCCAAUCAACUACCAGCCGUUGAUCAUGCUUCCACCAGUUACAUGCCUUCCACCACCGGUGUCUAUGAUCCUUACAUCAACAAUAAUCUCUAAUCACAAAAGAGGGAGAAGAACUAGUCUAAGUGUUCAAUUGUUUGUAUUUGUGUUUUCUUCAUUUCGAAAGACAAAAACUAAUGUUGUUUAUUAAUAAUGGUUAAAGGAUCUCUUUUUAACUUAAUU